UAUGAUCUGUAAAAUAAUUAACAUAGUUGCUCAGUUGAAGGGUGAAGUGGAUGAUUGUUCUUGUACGGUUGACAGCGUUGACAGUUUUAAUAAUCUCAAGAUUUAUCCUCGUCUUCAGAGUUUGUUGGAUAAAGACUAUUUCAAAUUUUUUAAAGUUAAUCUAAAUAAAGGAUGUCCUUUUUGGGGAGAUGAUUCCGGAUGUGUUUUAAAAGACUGCCACGUUUCUGAAUGUCGAGAGGAUCAAUUACCAGAUGGUAUCAAAAAAGCCGACUCAUUCCAUAAGUAUGCUAGAGAAAGUCAAAAAACUUCAAAUUGCGACGACAAUAAAGGGUCUUUAGGAAAAUUGGAUCACACAAUUAGCACUGAAAAUAAAGAGGCUUUCGAAAGUUGGCAAAAACAUGAUGAAGCUCAAGAUAAUUUUUGUGAAUUAGACGAUGAUAAUUCUGAUAGUUGCCAAUACGUUAAUUUAUUAUUAAAUCCUGAACGUUAUACUGGCUAUGGAGGUUUUUCAGCUCAUAGAGUUUGGAGUUCUGUCUACGAGGAAAACUGUUUCAAGACUGAAGCAGCUGAUUAUACAUCAUUUAUUCAAAAGAAAAAUAUAGGGGCUAAUUUAUCCGAUAAACGAUCAGAUAUGUGCUUAGAGAAAAGAGUAUUUUAUAGAAUGAUUUCUGGACUACAUACCAGCAUAAAUACUCAUUUAACAGCCAUGUGGCAAUUUAAAGAUCAUUUCGCCAAUACUAUAACUUGGGGGCCAAAUCUUGCUGAAUUUAAAAGAAGAUUCAAUCCUGAAACUACAAAUGGUGAAGGACCACAGAGACUAAAGAAUUUAUACUUCACUUAUUUGGUAGAGCUACGUGCUUUAGCUAAAGCAGCGCCUUAUUUAAAAAAGGAACUUUAUUAUACUGGCAAUGAUAAAGAAGAUAAAGAAGUUCGCCAAGCCAUUUCUGAUUUCUUAGACAUUGUGAAUAGUUUUGAGGAUCAUUUUGAUGAAACAAAAUUAUUUAAAGGCGAUUCCAGAAAAGCAGCAAAAUUAAAAGACGAGUUUAAGCUUCAUUUUCGAAAUAUAUCAAAAAUUAUGGACUGUGUCGGCUGUGAUAAAUGCAGAUUAUGGGGAAAAUUACAAGUACAAGGAAUGGGAACCGCUCUUAAAAUUCUCUUUUCGGGAGACGAUCCCGGACCAAAUUCUACAUUGGAUGCAAGCAAAAAAAAUCGUUUCCAAAUGAGAAGAACCGAGAUCGUAUCUCUCCUAAAUGCCUUCGGAAGAUUAUCAAAAAGUAUUCAUGAGAUAAACAACUUUAGGAAACUGCUAGAUCAGUAA